GUCCUACUCUGCACAGCUGCGUUUUCUGCGCGCAAACAAGCGCUCUCGAGCGGUGUCCCACCCCUCCCACUUAUGCUAAGAGAAAGGGACUUUAAACCUCUGUAGUUGAAACUAAAAUGACGAACUAACGUAGCAUGUUUGUUUAAAAGCUAUUUUUACUGUAUUUACAGCACAAUGUAAACGAAGGCCAUUUAUUCAAUGGUAGUUUGCAUGUCGCGGGCAGAGGAGAGGAUGGGUGUGUGACCAAAGCAGGAAAAAUAAAGAAACAGGCAUCCUGUAACCUGUUGCAGCUCGGUAAGAAGAUUGUAUAGAAUCAUAGCCAGCACAAAGGUUGUGCCAUGAUGUUGGAAGCAGAGGGGAACAAAGCAGAGGACACAGCAGGACAUGUGUCCAGCAAUACUCAGGUACAAGUUGGAGCAUCUGUGUCUUCACCUGCGACCGCUGUACAGCCUCCUGCCACCACAGCAAUGGAAGAUGAGGAUGAGAGUGAAGAUGAGUCAGAGAUCUUGGAAGAAAGUCCCUGUGGCCGUUGGCAGAAACGCAGAGAGGAGGUGAAUCAGCGAAAUGUCCCUGGGAUCGAUGCUGCAUACUUGGCUAUGGACACAGAGGAAGGGGUGGAGGUUGUUUGGAAUGAAGUCAUGAUCUCAGAGAGGAAGAACUUCAAGCUGCUGGAGGAGAAAGUAAGUGCUGUAUUUGAUAACCUGAUACAUUUGGAACAUGCAAAUAUCGUCAAGUUUCACAAGUACUGGGCUGACACAAAAGAGAACCGUGCCAGGGUGAUUUUCAUCACUGAAUACAUGUCAUCAGGAAGCUUGAAACAGUUUCUGAAGAAGACCAAGAAAAAUCACAAGAGCAUGAAUGAAAAGGCUUGGAAGAGAUGGUGCACACAGAUCCUGUCUGCUCUCAGUUACCUGCACUCAUGUGACCCGCCCAUCAUCCAUGGCAACCUGACCUGUGACACCAUCUUCAUUCAGCACAACGGGCUCAUCAAGAUCGGAUCAGUUGCUCCAGACACCAUUAACAACCAUGUGAAGACUUGUCAUGAGGAACAGAAGAACUUGCACUUUUUUGCCCCAGAAUAUGGAGCUGUUGAUGAUGUCACCACAGCUGUAGACAUCUACUCGUUUGGCAUGUGUGCCUUAGAGAUGGCGCUCUUGGAGAUCCAGGGUAAUGGAGAGUCCUCUUACGUUUCUCAGGAGGCCAUUAACAGUGCCAUACAGUUGCUGGAGGACCCGCUGCAGAGGGAGUUAAUCCAAAAGUGCCUAGAGUGUGAUCCCAGCGCGAGGCCCAUGGCCCGAGAGCUGCUGUUCAACACGGCUCUGUUUGAAGUACCGCAGCUGAAACUGCUGGCUGCACAUUGCAUUGUCAGCCACCAGCACAUGAUCCCUGAGAAUGCCCUGGAGGAGAUGACCAAGAACCUGGACCCUGACCUGGUCACCGCUGAAACAAAAGAGGUUCAACUCAAGCUUUCGCAGUUUCCUGCUUUGGAGCUUGAUAAAUUUUUGGAGGAUGUGAGGAACGGUAUUUACCCAAUGACAGCAUUUGGGCUGCCCUGUCCUCAGCAGCCUCAACAGGAGACUGUUCCGUCUCCUGUUGUCAUCCCCUUGGACAAAUCCCCCACCCCUGAGCCAGCAGAGCUCGAGGCACGGCGGGUCAUUCAUAUGCAAUGCAACAUUGAACCUGUUGAGGACGGAGCAAAGUAUCACCUGACGUUACUGCUGAAACUGGAGGAUAAACUGAACAGACAUCUAAGCUGUGACAUGUUACCUCAUGAGAAUGUUCAAGAGUUGGCUGGAGAGUUGGUGCAGCUGGGCUUAAUCAGUGAGGUGGACCAAAACAAAAUCGCCUCUCUACUAGAAGAAACAUUCAGCAAUGGCUUCACUAGCAGUUGCUCCCUUGACCGUGUUACUGUUUCAAGUACACUUUCAACCUUUAUACACGUUUUAUUUUUUCUGUCUUUUAUACUAUAUAGGUUUUUCUUUCUUUGGUAUCUCAGAUUAAAUUAAAAGCAGAUAUUAUAUAUAUUUGUCAAAAGCCUUUGCUACAGAACAAAAUGCCUGUGCAUUACUGUACAUCACAUCUUGAGCAGCCAUCGUCUCUGGAGGAUGAUUAUUUGUUUACCUUGAGGUACUGUGAACUCAGUGUUACGGUUUGCUUUCUUGUGGGCCUCUACUCACAUCUUAAAGUUGUCUUUCCUCUGUCUUUUUGUUUUAAUUCAUUGUUUUACCAUUUGCUGCUUGUUGGAUUCACAUGUGCCACUCUGCCUUUCAAAUUCAUUCAUGCAAGACUUGUGUACUGAACUCAGUUGCAAUAUGCCAUAGAAAGAUCAUGACCUUUUCCUGAUAUCUGUGUGAGUUCCAUGUUUUAUUUAUAUUACACAUACUGUAUAUUGUCUUUUGGUUUUCUAUAAUAAUCUCCCUUGUUUACUAUUUUGUUUCCACUGCUUUGGUUUUCAUUUGAUAACAGAGCAUUUGAUAAAGCUGGAACCUAGUGGACUGACAUCUUCCUUCACAGAUUGCAGAUGCUCCUGAAUUUGAAUGCAACAUUUUACAUCAUACAGAUCUUGUUUAAACUUGUAGCAGGAAGUCAUUUAGUCCCAGACCCGUUUGUGGACAGCUGGUACUACUGUGUUUGAUACAUCAGUAUCUUAAACAGUAAGAAUACAAAUAGAGUCACAUCUCAAAAUGUAUGUAAAAACAAAACCACAACUUAGAUGUCAUUCCACAUAACUUCUCUUGUUCUGGUGUUUUGUUGAAAUUAUAUUGUAAGUGUCUCAGGGUUCCCCUGAUGCUGGCUGUUGAGUUACAACUGAAUUAUACUGCACAUGUCACCAGUGAGCCCCACUCGUGUGAUUCUGAAGUUGUUUUUUUUAUGUAUUCAGGCAGCUAUUGUGUUCCAAUCUUCAUUUUGCUGUACUUUAUGUAACAUUUGGUCCAUCUAAGUGCAUUUUUUGUUUGUGAACUUCUAAAACUGUAUAAUCUAACAAUAUGUUCUUAGGUCAGCCUGUAGAAUGUAAAUGCACCACUCCUUGUAUAGAGACGUGGUGAAACCAGUCAAUGUGAUCAACAGAGUGGCUUGAUGCUCUGCUGUCUUUUCUGUCCAAAUUAUAAGUGAUGUUGAAACUGUUAUGCAAUAGUGGUAUGAAAUGGGCAGCUGAGGCCUGUUACUCUAGAAUUGUGACCAUUUGGAUAUGGUAUUUUGUAUCAUAUUUUCUACAUGACAUUAAUACCAAUGUGUCUUAAAAUGUGCAUCCUGACAUAACCUGCAAAAGGUCUGUUUUUUUAAAUAAAUGUGAAGUUCUGCA